ACAGGAUUUCUACCAAUCGUGAAGACUGUGUAUGGACCGGGAAUAAGGGUGGUAAUAAUCUACCAUAUGAUUACUCUCUGAAAGACCUGGAUAUCGCACCGGGGACUACACCUGUUGGAUUUUAUGCAACCAAGGUGAAUCAUAACCCUGAGAACCCUGGGGGAAAUAACACCGGUACAGUCGUUCUUGAGGUUAUAUCGGCAGCUGUUAAAUAGCGAGACAUGUACUUGCUUUGGUAUAGCUGUUAGCAGAAUACAACUCUUUCUUGCCAUAGCUAUUCGUGUGUACAUACUGUAGUAGAUAGUCGGUUAUGCACGGGUUCCUUCUCCCCGCAAAAAGCUUUCCCCACGCCGCCUUGCGGAUUUCGGAGCUCUGUUCCUCGGGACGACAAUUCUCAACCACCUCUCUUCUUUAAACCAUCCGCUCCCUCACUGGCUAUUAUAUUCAAUAAAUUCAUUAGGUACCCGUACCACAACAAAAUGGCACCUCGAUUAAUCCACCUCUCCUCUCCCCUCCUCCGAACCACCUCCGUACAGUCCUUCCGCAUCACCCUCACAAGACACUCCUACAGCACCAGCUCCGACAAUGACGUGAUCAAAACUCAGCAAAUCCCAGCUCCUGGCUCGGGAAAUAUCCGUGUCCUGCUUCUGAACAGACCCAAUGCUCGGAACGCGCUCUCGAAAAGCCUGCUGGAUAGUUUGACGAAGCAAGUGCAGUCGAUAUCGGCCGAGGGGGGCACGGGCCCGACGAGGGCACUGAUUCUUGCCAGUAGCUCGGAUGAGGCCUUUUGCGCGGGCGCGGACUUGAAGGAGCGUGCUGGAAUGAGCAAGGCUGAAGUGGGUGAAUUCCUCGCCAAACUCCGAGGCACAUUCCGCGACAUCUCUGCACUCCCAAUUCCCACCAUCUCCUCGAUCUCCUCCGUCGCUCUGGGUGGCGGUCUCGAACUCGGCCUCACAACCCACUUCCGUGUCUUCAGCUCCUCGACCAUCGUCGGUCUCCCAGAAACCCGUCUAGCCAUCAUCCCCGGCGCAGGAGGUACCUACCGUCUACCCGCGCUCAUCGGAGUAAACCGCGCACGGGACAUGAUCCUCACAGGCCGUCGCGUGUCGGGUCCCGAAUCCUACUUCAUCGGACUGUGCGAUCGUCUGGUCGAGGUGUUGCCGGAAGAAGAGCAACAGGAAGGUGUGGCGCGGGAGAAGGUGUUGAAGGAGAGUAUCAAGUUGGCUAUGGAUAUCUGUGAGGGAGGUCCUGUGGCUAUUAAGGAAGCGUUGAGCGCUGUGCAGGGGUAUCAGCGCGGGGAGGCAGCGGAGAAUGAAGCUUAUGAUGGAGUUAUGGAGACGGACGAUCGAAUUGAGGCUCUUCGGGCGUUUAUUGAGAAGAGGAAGCCUGCGUUCCGUGGUCGGUGAGAUGUUGUGAUUAGGCCAAGGCUUGCUUGUUUGUGGUCUGUAUUGGCCGCUACUUGAAUUGUAUAUUCUUAUUGUCUAAGUGUCCAGUCUGUGCGCAGGAUUAGUUUUUUUGCUCACUAACUAGUUAUAUGACUUGCUGAUCUAUCUGUGCUCAUAUUCUCGCUAUUUUACCAUCGAGUGUUUCAGCAUAA